CAGUGCAUGAGGGUUUUUGUGUUACUUUGCUUUACCUCUCACUAAUUGAAAAUCCACCGAGAAUUCAAUCUUCAAUUCAAUGGAUCCCUGCACUUUCGUACGCAUCAUCGUCGGGAAUUUAGCCCUUAGGUUUCGGGGAUCACCGUCGUCUUCUUCGUCGACUUCCUCAUCGGGACCGUCUGUUUCGGACGUAUCAUCUGGUAAUUGCUACUGUAAAAUCAAAUUCAAGAGCUUCUCACGCCAGAUCGUCGCUGUUCCCGUUCUGUUGCGAACCGAAUCCGAGUCGGAGCCCCGGUGCUGCUCCGGUAACGUCUCAGCCGUUGCAGCUUGCUUCACUUUAAGCAAGGCAAUCGAGAGGUCUCUGAAGAAGCCUAAAUGGAGUGUCGUCUCCGUCGAGGUUUAUUCUCGCGUUGCGUCGUGUGGAAUCGUCGCUGGUUCCGGUGAGAAGCUGAUUGGUCGGUUCGAGGUUUCGCUGGAUUUGAAGACGGCGGAGACUAGGACGUGUUUGGCUCACAACGGCUGGGUUAAAUUGGGCACUAAGUCGAAGAAGAAGACUAAGUCCGGGUCGGAUCCGGAGCUCCAUGCUACUAUACGGGUUGAACCCGACCCGAGAUUUGUGUUUCAGUUCGACGGCGAGCCUGAGUGUAGUCCUCAGGUUUUACAAGUCCAAGGGAACACAAAGCAAGCUGUUUUCACUUGCAAGUUCGGAUUCAGAAACUCCGGUGACCGGAAUCUUACUCCAAGUUUAUCUUCGUUGAGCAUUGGAAAGGAACAGACUUUGAAAGAGAGAAAAGGUUGGUCGAUAACAAUCCAUGAUCUCUCUGGCUCACCAGUAGCUAUGGCUUCAAUGGUCACACCUUUCGUACCAUCUCCCGGUUCGAACCGCGUCACUCGGUCUAGCCCCGGCGCGUGGUUAAUCCUCCGACCUGAUGGCUACACAAUGAAGCCAUGGGGUCGACUCGAGGCAUGGCGUGAGUCAGGAAUCUCAGACGUUCUCGGUUACCGGUUCGAGUUUUUCAAAGAUGGAACAGCGACUGCAAUCUCGGCAUCGUCGUCGAUGAGUACAAAACACGGCGGGAGUUUUGUCAUCGACGGAACCAUCACCACCGCCUCCACCAUGGCGGCUGCUUCUUUGAGUCUCUCGGAUGGAAGUUUUGAUCUUUCGUCAUGCUUGAGUACCGGAUCAUCAAGAACCUGUUCAGGAUCCGGGUCGGAUUUCGGGUUUCUUGUGCCCCAAGCGCAACAAAACUUGGGGUUUGUCAUGUCGACGAUGGUGGAAGGAGUGGAGAAACAGAGCAUGCCUAAGGUGGAGGUGGGUGUGAAGCACGUGACAUGCUUGGAGGAUGCCGCCGCGCACGUGGCACUAGCAGCGGCGGUGGAUCUAAGCUUGGAUGCUUGUAAGCUCUUCUCUCGUAAGCUAAGGAAAGAGCUUAGACAGCUAAGUUCUAUUGGUAGCGUUUGACGUUUCAUGCGCUUUGUCCAUUUGACAUAGGAGAUUAGUUGUCCACUUGCCCUCUUCCACUAGACAAAUUUUUGCUUCUAGUGGAAAAAGAAAGGAAGGAUAAGUAUUUUUUUGAAUUUUAUGUUAAAGGUUAGACUUUAGUUAGAGUUUUGACUUAACAGCGAAGUAUUUGCUGUCAUCAAAAAAAGGAAUUAUCAACAAAACACCUUUCAUUUUCACGUUAUCUAUCAGAAGAUGUUCACUACUUCAUAUUC